AUGGCGAUCCCCCUAAGCUCGAUUUCUCUUCAAGUCCCCGCAAAGCUGAACCCACAGCUCCGGGUCGGGCCUCUUCGGGAAGAUAGAUAUCACGAUAUCACACUCGUCUAUCAGGCCAUAUCGCUCUAUGAUAGUUUAACCAUCUCUUCUGAUUGCAAAGGCCCUACAAUCACCAUCACAGGCGUCGAAAGUGAUCAGAUCCCAACAGACGACCGGAAUCUAGUCCUCAGAGCGGCCAAAGCUCUGGGAGACCAUUUAGGCAUUGAACCGCGCGUUCAUUUUGAUCUGAUUAAGGCGAUACCCACACAAGCCGGGUUGGGUGGUGGGAGUGCCGAUGCAGCAGCUGCGCUUGUCGGAUGCAAUAAGCUUUGGCAAUCAGAGGUAUCCGACGAUGAUCUCAUGGAACUAGGCGCGAAGCUGGGGGAAGAUGUACCGUUUUUCAUCAAAGGCAUGAUGGCCCUUGGACUGGGACACAAGAAGCCGCUGGUUAGCGUGGAGACGAGUUCAAUUACGUGGAACUGGGUGCUAGGUGUGCCUGCUGCGGGUCUUUCGACGAAAGCGGUGUUCGACAGAUACGAUACCAUACUGGCUCGGUGCCCGUCUGCCGAGGACGUCUAUUUAAAAAAUCGGCAGGAUUGCCUUGAAGUUCCUUGGGGUACAUGUCCUCCGGAAGACCUGGUAUCCGCGCUUGCGAACGAUCUUGAAGGUCCGUCUACGCAGAUGUUGCCAGAGAUUGAAAUUGCGCUGGGGGCUGGAAAGACUGCUGGUGCCGUUGCUAGCCUCAUGAGUGGCUCGGGGUCAACAUGCGCGUUUCUAGCGAGAGAUGAAGCCCAUGCGAGGGACCUACAAGUUCAAUUGCAAAAAGAGAGUGUGUUCAAGGAAGUCCUGAUAGCCUCGGGACCAGUGGAGGGAGUGCGGGUGCUGUCAGAAAUGAGGUGA